AUGUGGCACGGAGAGGACGGCCCCGUCGUUAUCGCUUUUCCAAUCCCGGGGGCAUCUCUCCGUAUAAUCGUAGUCAAACACCAGCACCGCGGCCGGGUUACCUGCAAACGUCCGGGUCGUGAACGCGUUUACCACCCAGGUGUCGCACUUCAAAACCCGGGUGCUGCUCUUAUUCCUAUUUCUUGUUGUACUACCUGUCGCAGCGACUUUAGUCACGACGUCGUCAAUACUUUGGUUUUUUGUACCAGCGGGGGACGGGUUUGGCGUUGGCUCCGGAGGUUCGGCGGUGGUGGAUUUUUUCUGUUUCUUCGACAUCCUGUCUCGGUUGUUGGGGUUGCGGAGGACAAACGAUGA